AUGGUGCUGCGGGCGCCCGCCGCCGGGCCGCUGCUGCGCUGGGACGAGGUGCCGGCCGACUUCGUGGAGUGCUUCAUCCUGUCGGGCUACCGGCGGCUGCACUGCACGGCGCAGGAGUGCCUGGCCUCCGUGCUGCAGCCCACCAACGAGACGCUCAACUUCUGGACGCACUUCAUCCCGCUGCUGCUCUUCCUCAGCCGCUUCUGCCGCCUGCUGCUGCUGCGCGGCGCGGCCGAGCUGCCCUUCCACCACCCCGCGCUGCUGCCGCUCUGGUGCUACGCCUCGGGGGUCGUGCUCACCUUCGCCAUGAGCUGCACGGCCCAUGUGUUCAGCUGCCUGUCGCUGCGCUUGCGCGCCGCCUUCUUCUACCUGGACUACGCCUCCAUCAGCUACUACGGCUUCGCCAGCACCGUGGCCUACUCCUACUACCUGCUGCCCCACCUUCGGCUGCUGGACGCCCGAGCGCUGAGCCGCUACCUGCAGCAGCACCUGGGCUGGUAUGUGGACUGCAGCUUGCCGCUGGCUCUCUACAGUGCGCUGGUGCUGCCCGUGGCCUUUGUGCUGGCCGUCACGUGCACUGUGGCCUGCUGCCGGAGCCGCUCCGAGUGCUGCGCCUACCCUUUCGCCAUCCGCACCUUUGUCUUCGCCAUGCCGCUCAGCAUGGCCUGCCCCAUCAUGCUAGAGAGCUUCCUCUUUGACCUGCGGGCGCACAACCCCACGCUCUUCGUCUACUUCUACCGCCGCUACUUCUGGCUGCUGGUGGCCGCCUUCUUCAAUGUCAGCAAGAUCCCUGAGCGCAUCCAGCCGGGCCGCUUCGACAUCGUGGGCCACAGUCACCAGCUCUUCCACAUCUUCACCUUCCUCAGCAUCUACGACCAGAUGCACUAUGUGGAGGAGGGGCUGCUCAACUUCCUUAAGGCGCCACCCACUGCCCCCACCUACCUGGGCACCGUGGGCUACAUGCUGCUCCUCAUACUGUGCCUGGGGAUGGUCAUCAGGAAAUUCCUGAACGUGGCAGAUCUCUGCAAGCAGGACUAGUUGGGCCAGAUACUUUCCUUGCCCUCCUUCCUAGUCCUGCUGUUUCGAGAAGAUGCUGCAAACCUGAGGUGAAACCCAUUGGCAAAAGAGCCCACUCCCUUCCAAGGGGGGGGAGGGUUGCAAGAGGAAACCACUGGUUGCCAACCUGCUAGAAAACUCCUGCUACCAUUUAAACCACUAGGCCCUGAGAGGAAGUGAUCAAGCCCUGCUAUUUAACAACCUGCUGCUGCUGCCUUGCUGUUAGGGUAUGGGCAGAACCUGUGUAGCACUACUGUUCAGUCUACUAGGAAACAAUAAAAUGCAUGGACUGUGAAUGCCACUUACUAACUUCAGGCCAGCUAGUCUGGUUAGGAGAUGUUAUUUAAAUUAGCAAUAUAUGCACAUGCAAUGAUUAUUAGUAGGUUUUUAACCAACUCCUAUGUGGAAUUCCUAUCAGAUUAUGCACUGACAUUUUCUUCUGUGCUACUGGAGUACCUCUUUGAGGUUAUGAGCACUGAAACUGGAUUUUAAAUGCAAACAAACUGACAGCUUUCUAGCUUUUGUGGUAUUGUAGCCUCUGUGGCUAGUGAACUCAGUUGAGUGGACACUACUGUUAGAAUUUUACGGAGAGAGGGGUAAAAAAUAUGAAUGAUGAAGUUGUAACCUAAUCAAGGAUGUCUGGUCAAUUGUAAGAGUGAAGGUUGAGUGGCUGAUGUUGCCAUUCAAGUCCAAAGUGAAAAUCUAGAGCCAGGUCCUUAGCUGGUGUGGUUUGGCACAGUGCCAUUGAAGUCAUUGUACCAGUAAGGGAUCAAACCUAUGUAGUCAAAACCCAGUUGCCGUACUCACACAAAGCAUUGAAUGUAAGGAGAGUAGGAUUUGGCCUACAGGCCUUCAACCCUACAUUUUUUUUUUUUAAUUAUGAAGUAUAUAGAUCUGGCUUUUGCUCUUGAAUUGGAGCAGUCAGGUACUGCCAUCCUGCAACUACUUACAGAAUAAGGUACUAUGGAACAUGAGUACAGGAGGCAGAAUCUGGCUGUCUGUGAACACUAGGUAUUAUUAGUUUGAUAUACUUCUGCAUUUUCCUAAUUCAGUAUGCUGCUGCAGCAGCUGGGUGUUUUUUGAAGGCCUACCUAUGGGGCUGUGCCCUAGGCUGCGGAGGAUCUGGAGGCUGGACUUUCCUUGAGUCACCAUAUUUUGCAGGAUAACAACCUUACUGAUGAAUAGUUUGGGUUGGGGUUGUUUUUUUUUUUUUUGGGGGGGGGGUUGUUUGUUUUUAAAUGCAGCUAUGAUAAAUACCUUUUCACAGCAACUCAGGCAUCACCUUCCUGAAAAUUCCGUUCUUGUUAGUGACCUAACAUACUAUCAAUACUAAUAAACCUAGGCAAACUUUAAACAGGGUUAUAAACAGAAACAUUUUAACCUGAUUCAGCUAGAUAAAUAACCAGUAUGCAAUAACAUAAUAGAAGGAAAUUGCAUCUUGACGUUUAGAUAACAGAUAACGUGUACUUAAUUUUCAAAAUGUAUGGUCAUUCCUCAGUAGAACUCUAGCCCUGUAUUGUACAGGAGCCCAGUUGCUCUUUACGUGCAGCAUAUUUAUCUCUAUGUAGAAAUACAUUUCCAGCUGUAUAUUUAUGUCCAUGCAUGAUGUGUUGUCUCACUUAGGCAUAACUCUCAUUGUCUUCAGUAGGAGUUCUGCCUGACUAGGGAAUAUAGGAUCAUGCUUUUAAUUUGGGGUUGGAGUCCUCACGCAAACAUGAUUGUGAAAGUUGAAUGCACCAAUGACUUACUUUUAGUGGUGGAACUACCUCUAGUACUGUGGAGGGACAGUUUCAUAUGGACAAAAAUGCCUUCAGGGUCUCCACUUCCAUGAAAAGUGGGAGUUGGGUAUCUUAACUCCUAUUUAGGUCUCUAACACUGUUUCCAAGAAUACUUGAGUAGACUUCUCCCAGGCACAAGGCAGGUAGGCACCUGAAAGACUAACUGCUUCAGAAGCGCAUAUGUUUCUGUAGGCGAGAGCCUAUUUUGUAAGAUGCUAUGGCUUUUCCCACUGUAAGUAGCAGUAGGACUCCCCAGUCCAAUGACUUUUUCAAUUCCCUCUCAUGUGAGGCUCAGCCCUGAAGGCCUUUCAUUCCUAGAACUCCCACUAAAACAAGAGAGAGUUUGGAAUUUGCAGGGGGCUUGUUUCCAUUAAGAGGCUUAAACUGCUUGAACUCAUAGAUGUACUUUCCUGUUCACUACUUACUUUGGAGGCUACUUGGGGCAGAAAAUUUCCCAGUCCCAUACCAUUGAUGUGACAGUUAUUGAGGCAUCUUAGGCCCAGUAUGAAGGGUUUUCUCUGAUGCCUUGUAAAAUGGGAAGCUGAAGGAAAAGGAGGCUUCACUUGCUUCACUUUCUCUGUCUAAAUACUUUUUAACUAUUAUGGUAAAAUGGGCAUUAUGGAGCUACAGUAUUUAAUAAUGCAAUGAAAAUAUAUCGCAUUCAUUCUUUGUCUGUUGUUGAGUUGUUGACACAUCACUUGUGGCUGGGCCACUUGUUGUGUUAUAAAAAAUAUAACUAAAUUAGAUGAAUCCUUGGAUCCCAAGCUGUGAUCCAUGGGCAUUACUGGCCCUGCGCUGCUGUAUACUUUUUUCCAGAUGCUAAACUGCAUUAAGAGAUGCUAGAACUACAUGAACUAUUUUCCUGAUAUUCUUCCUCCACAAAUGAUUGUCAUUGCCCUAGGGAUUUAACUCACUUGGCAGUAAGACAGGAGGGGGUCUACACAGCUGUUAAUAGGGAUGGAUGUUAGUCCAUGAGAAAAAUCUCUCCAUUCAGAUGUGGUCCACAUUGUUAAAUAAAUAAAUUGCAAGCUCUUGUUAAAAAUAAAUAUAGGGCCAGAUCUUGGAACUGUGCCAGGUUACAGCCCCCCAGUCCCCAGCUACAUGGGGGGUGCAUGCAGAGCUCCUGACGUUCAGACCCAUAAUAUUCAUCAUCUCUUACUCUCCAUAUAUUAUGCACAUAGACCGUGCUUGAUAUGUUAAGGACAAUGCUGAUGUUUCAAAUACGAUGCACUCACUUUAGAAAAGAUUUUUUAGCCCUUAUGUAGGAUGGCUUAUAUAGGCUUCAAAAAAAUCAUUUAUUUGAAAGAUUUACUUAAGAAAUGCCAUUAGGACAUCCAACCCCCAAUUAAGAACUGAACAAGAAAACAGGACGGCCAAGGACAACAGUUCUCAAUGCUAAGAGAUGGCUCAAAACAGCUGAGUGUACAAGCUAAAUGUAAAGGAAGUCUCUAAAGCAUAUUGCAUAAUGAGUUUUAUUUGUGCUUGUCAGUCAUGAUGUAGAGGACAUCUCAAGAGGCAAUGUCAGAAAGGCCAUGCCUAACUUGUAAAAAUACAUUUGAUAUUUUCAGUUAAGCCAUGUGAUAUCUAUAUCUAUAUAUAGAUAUCUAGAUAUCUUCAUUAUCACUGACAGGUUAGUAGUUGAAUUGACUAGAUUGCAGUUAUAUCUGGAAUCCUAUUUACAUUCAUAAAUGAUGGUUAAAACUCCACCUAAUUUGCAGAUUUGGCACAAAUAAAUAAUAUUAAGAAUAUUGCUUCAUUCUAAACCUUUCUGUUCAGCAACAUUUUUAGAGACAGGUUUAACAUCUAAGCCCAUUGUGAGAUGAUUUGGGAAAGUUGAUUGCAAGUAUUGCUCCCAGAGUCAUUGCCAAUGGGCUGGAAAAUGUAUGGGGAGAACUGAUUGAGUUGUCAGAAUUCUAACUAGUCGUUUUUUGUUUAAAAUGCAGAUAAAUAAAUGGUUACCAUGAUAAUUGCCACACUUCUCUGCAUAAUUUCUAAGGCACUAUUAUUUGAAUGUCUAUUUUUUAAAGGGCGCACACAAUGAUAAUAGCACAAUUUGAUAUUUUGAUGGCCAGCUUUUCAUAAAUAUGGA